AUGAUCCAGGUCUCCAAUGGGUGUGUCAGCAAGAUUCUCACCCGCUACUACAAGGUGGGCAUUGUCCAGCCAAAGACAAGGGCAGGCAGCCGGCCCCAGAUCUCCACUCCGCAGCUGGUAGCUGGGAUUGCCAAGCUGAAGCAGCAGCGCCCGUCGCUCUUUGCCCGGGAGAUCAGGGAAAAGCUGGAGGCAACAGGCACCUGCGCUGCAAGCGGAAUACCCAGUGUCUCUUCCAUCAACCGCAUCCUCAGACGCCUGGAAGCCCCAGGUGGGUCUCCCUUCCUGAUGAAGCUCCCACAGCCAGCUUUCCAGAGAAGCCAAUACCCGGAAGCAGCCGCCCGGGCAGAACUGGCUGGGCAGUCUGGAUUGCCUGAAGCCACCCUGAGGGUUUGGUUCUCCAAUCGGAGAGCGAGAUGGCGACGGGAAGCCACACGGGCACGGCAGGCUGGCUCUGGGCUGACACCUGCGGCCCCAGCUUAUAAUGCAGAAAAGGCCAUUUGGUCACCGGAAUAUGCCAGAAUGAGUAAGAAUGGGGACUCUUGA